UACGCGCACGUUUGUUGUCUAUAUAUACGAUUAAAUUAAAUCCAAUGUGUCAAAAUAGUUACGCUUGUAUUUUGAAUAACCGACUAAAAAACGGUUUCGCAAGGAUCGUCAUUAAUUAUUUAUGCAAUUUUUUUAAACUAAGCCAUGCCAGUUUCGAGAAAAUGCGACUGUUUCGGGUGCAUUCUGUAUCCGAUUCAGUUUAUGGCCACAAUUUUCGGAGCUGGAAUGAGAAUCGUUUGUCCUUAUCAGAAAAAUUCAUUUCGAAGAUCGGCACGUAAAGGUUAUCAAAUCGGAAUAUUGAUAUUGCUUUGGUUAAACGCAAUUUAUUAUUUCGGUCUGAUUCUGUUUCCCGGAUACUUGCCCUGCAGAAAAUUAAUACAUUUAUUCGGGAACGACGCGAUGAUCACAAAUGUUUUUUUCUUGGAUCUAUACGUAAACGCGGCAAUUAACUGCGCGAUUAGCAUAUUCUACAAAGGGGGUCGGUUCUGUCCUUCCCUUCGGAAAGAAAACGACGAAGAAGUCUUCUUCGUCGUCCGGAUGCAAAGGUUUUUGCUAUUUUUGGGCACGUGCUGCUUCGUACCUUUGGCAAUUGGCUUUACUCUGCUGGUCAGUAUUUUCGGCUAUUCCGCUUUGAAAGAAUCCGGAGAAUGGCCAGCCGCAUUCUGCACGAUAUUAUUUUCCGUUUCCUGUAUUUAUCUUCUGGGUUUUAUUAUUUUCGGCAUUCCAAUUGGAUUAAUUGCGUUUCUGUUGAUUAAAAACAAAUUCGAUUUGCUGACGGAAGAAAUUCACAUUUCUAACAUCGGCAAGGAGAGUCUACGACCAUUUCUGUAUUCCGUCUAUCGAAGAUACACCGGAUAUACAGAAUUGAUAGAGGAAUUCAACGAUUCGUGUAGAAUCAUGGUUUGCAACGUCUACGGCUUCGGAAUCUCCACUUGCUGCAUAGCCUUAUACAUAUUAGUGUUUAAGGUGGAGGAGUUGGUCUUAUUCGCUUUUUUCUUAAUCGCUUUUGUCGUCGCUUUCCUAUUUACGAUAAUUACGGCGUUAAUCGCCGCGGAACUGUGGCUGUCGUCGAGAAGACCCAUGAAAGAACUGCACAAGUAUUUCUCUACAACGUGGGACGCGAUAGACAAUCUGUUGAUGACCAACGUUCAAAAGAGAUACACGGGUCCGGCGAUCGGAGUGGCGCUUUUGGAUUUCGUCGUCAAGAGGAACAUCGCCAUUAAA